AAUCAAUAAAAAAAAAGAAAAAAAACUUUUCUUAGGCGACUAAUACUUAUCAUUAUUAAUCGUGAUGUUAUCAUUAAGUAUAGUCGUAUCGAUCUACCUUUUCUCUAGAUCUCUAGUUGCGUAUUAUAUAGCUUCCAAGUUUCCUAAGUUAGUUUACAUAUACUACACUAUAUUAUCAGUUUUGAUUGAUUCCGCCCUAUUUACAUAUAUACUCAAAUAUAAUGUUUGUUAAACUUAGCGGACUUUUUCUUGUACUCAAAGCUGUACCAGCUGUUUCCGAAGAGUUUGUUCACUUUAAAUGGUCGGAUUACCACGCACUUGGAGAGCAAACUUACGGAGUUAACGCUUUGAAAGAGUCAGAAGAGGAAAGUGAUUUCCCUCAAGCAUCGCCACCUAAUGAAAGUUUGGAUUUCUACUGGAAGAAGAUUCCCGGUUCCAAAGAGGGAGUUCAUUCGGAGAUGUUUGCUUAUGAUCCUCUGCCUUUGGAUUUGUUCCCUAAUGAGGCAUGGAAUAGGUCCAUGGGGGCCCAGUAUCAUUAUGAGGAUAGUCAGUUAUCUAAGAGGCAGGGUGGGCCUAUCUGCCAACAUCUCAGCGUAUGCGAAAAUUCUCCAGCAGUGUCCAAUUUUCAAGAACUAUUUGAUCGACUAGACCCGUACACAUGCGACAAUAUAAAAGAGAGCUCUAAGAACUGGAUUUUAGAAAAGUGGCCGUAUUUGGCUAGGGCCACUGUAAUAAAUAUAGCUUUUGCAAUAGUAGGUGGGGUUACCACUUUUUACAUCACCCAAAAUGCUUCCAAAGACAACAAGCCUUCUUACACAUGUAAUGUAUCCAAAGAUGAUGCUUGCGGUAUCUGCGAGGCUCAGGAAUUUUACCACCGUAUCGAUGGGAAGAUAGAGGAAAUCUGCUAAGCUCUUUACAAUAAUAGACCACCGCAAGGCAAACGCAAUAAUUAAGAAGAUGAGAGGGGCAUUUGGGAUGAAGCUAAUGGACCAUCGGCUACUUAUGCUCACUAUUUCGCUGAGGGGGCUCCAGUUCAGCCACCUCAGUGUUAGCUUCUAAAAGAUGAAGGUUUAGGUGAUUUGUUUGACAAGAUAUUGGCAAAUUGUCUUUUCAAAAACUAAUGAUUUUCUUCGAAGAUGUUUUUACACUUGUUUUCUUUAUUUCUUUCUUAAUUACACAUCAUCUGCUUAAGAUCACAUUAUAUUUAAUACCUUUUUCCACCAAUAAUAAAGCGCGUUUGAUAUUUACAAACCAACACAAG